AUGGAACCUUUAAAUAGUUAAGAUAGAACAAAAAAAAGGUUUUGCCAAUAUUAUCUGUGCAUCAAUGUUAAGUUGAUUAAAAUUUAAAAGAAAUAUCUGUUAUUUAAUUAAGGGAAGAAAGGCUUAUUAAAAUCAUAUGUUCUAGGUUAAAAUAUUUAGGUUUUUAUGAAAGAUAAGAAUAAUUUAAUUUAUUUAAAGAUAAUUGAUUCUUCAUUCAGUUAAGAUCCAAAAAGGGAGAAACUAAACUUUUUCUUAGUAAAUAUGCUAUCGGGGAGGUGCAGCUGGUGGAACAACUUUGCUACUGAUUUAUCCAUAUUCAUUUGCAAGGAAUAAAUUAGUUAUAGAUAAUUAAUAUAAAGUGGACCGGUAAUUCAAUAGUUUGAAAGAUUGUGUGAGGAAGAUAUAUAAGUCAGAUGGCUUGAAGGGAUUAAAUAGAGGAUUGAGAAUUUCAGCUUUGGAAAUCAUCAAAAAUUCAAUGAUGAGCAAUGUUGGUGUAAAAUUUAUUGUUGCUUACUUCAUACAUUGUACUUCUAGUAUCAUGUCAUCCCCAUUUAAUAUAAUCAGAAGAAGAAUGCUAUUGCAAUAAAGUAGAUUUGGAUCAUUAUUAAUUAAAAAGGAAGUUCUAAUAUUCAUUAUAAAAUAAUUUUAGAUUGCGCAGUUUAGAUUCUUAAUAAAAAAGGAUUAAAAAGUUUUUUCAAAGGAGCUCUCUCAUAAUCCUUUUUUGAAAGCAGAUCUGCUUUAUCUUUGGUCCUUUAUGAUGAAAUUAAACAAUUUUUAAGUCAAGGUCCAAAAUUAAGGAAGGGUAGGAUAGGGAUUGGUAGAUUAAUUUAAGCAAGUUAUAUUUUAAAUUCUUCUAGAGGUAUAUAUACCCCUAGUAUCAGAUGUAAUAAUUUAUGA